GAAGAGGGGAAUGUUGAGGGAGAAAUGAUGGAAGAGCAAGAUGAAGAGCAAGGUGAAGAGCAAGGUGAAGAGCAAGGUGAUGAGCAAGGUGAAGAGCAAGAUGAAGAGGGCAAUGUUCUUGAGGGCGAAGGGAUGAAAAAUGUUGAUGACAGUGAAGAGGAGAGAAUGGCAAAUGAUGAUGAUGGGUUUGGGAUGGACAAUGUGAUGGUGGAGGAAGAGAGAAGAAAUAUUAAUCCAGUUUUGGAUAGGUGGAAGAAAAUGAAAAAGAAAAAGAAAAGUGUUAGGAGCAGAUUUGAAGAUAGUGAGGCGGCAUUUGUCAUUAACGAAGAGGUUGGACAACAUGAGAUAAAUGAAGAUUAUGAUACAGAGGACUUGUCCUCAAAUGUAGAUAAUGAUGAGGAUGUGAUGGAGAAUAAAAGGCACUUUCCAAGGUAUAAAGCAGAAGAUAUGACUAGGGGAUUCAAUUUUAGAUUGGGAACGGAGUUUAAGUCUUUGAAGGAUUUUAAGAGUGCCCUACAGGAGCAUAGCGUUUUGAAUGGAAAAGAAGUGAAGUUUGUCAAGAAUGAUUUGAAGAGAGUAAGGGCAGUUUGUAAGAAAGGGUGUGGUUUUCUUAUUAUGGCUAGCACGGUAGGAAGUAGCCAAACCUUUAGAGUCAAAACUCUAGUUGGGCACAAUUGUGGAAGGACUUUUGGUAGCAAAAGUGCAAGUGUAAUAUGGAUUGCAUAGGUUUUGGUUGACAGAUUUGUGAAUGUUGCAGGGAUGACAGUCAUUCAAAUCAUAGAUGAAAUAAAAAAAUCAUAUAGUGUUGGAAUAACUUAUUGGAACGCCGAAAGAGCUAAGAAAAUUGCAAUGGAUUGUUUAGUGGGUGAUGGAGAACGACAAUGUGCUCGUCUCUAUGACUAUGUGGCUGAGUUAUUAAGAGUCAAGCCUGGGACCUUCAAGAUUAAGGUCAAUCAACCCCAACCCACCUUGCCACCAAGUAUUUCCCACUAGCUUUUGCAGUGGUAGAAACAGAAUGCAAUGACACAUGGAUGUGGUUUUUGACACAGCUGCUUGAUGAUAUUGGAGGCAUAGAUUGUCAAAGGUGGAUCUUUAUUUCGGAUCAGCAAAAGGGAUUAAUGUCAGUUUUUGAUGAUAUCUUGAAUGGAGUGGAACAUAGGCUGUGUUUACGCCAUUUAUACAACAAUUUCAAGAAAAAAAUUGGUGGAGGCCUAGUCAUUAGAGACCUCAUGAUGGGGGCUGCGAAGGCAACAUACCAUAAGGAAUGGGAGAAAAAAAUGGGUGAGUUAAAAAAUCUGAAUGUUGAUGCCUUUAAUUGGGUAAUAGGUAUACCAAC